CCACCAGCACAUACGUCCACGCCCACGGCGUUAUUCGACGGUGACGAGAGUUUUUCCUCCUCGGGGGCAGUGCCCCCAUUGCGGCGGAGAUGCCUCGCCCUACGAGGGAAAGCUACGGCGACCAGAAGCCGCCCUACUCCUACAUCUCGCUGACGGCGAUGGCCAUUUGGAACAGCCCGGAGAAGAUGUGCACGCUGUCGGAGAUCUACAAGUUCAUCAUGGACAACUUCCCUUACUACCGCAAGAACACCCAGCGGUGGCAGAACUCCCUCCGCCACAACCUCUCCUUCAACGACUGCUUCAUCAAGAUCCCCCGCAGGCCCGACAGGCCCGGCAAGGGCGCCUACUGGACCCUCCACCCCUCCGCCAUGAAUAUGUUCGAGAACGGCAGCUUCCUCCGCAGGAGGAAGCGCUUCAAGAUUCCUCGAGACGAAAAAGACGCCCUGGAAGCAGGCCUGGCCCAUAUUAACGCCAGCCAGCCCCGAUGCGUCGAAGAUCCAGUCAUUCUGCCACCCCCGAGACUAGGGGUCGUUCCUCCCCCUCCCCCUCCUCCUCCGCCACCGUCGCUAAAACGACCAGGUGAGUUGAUAGCUGCACCAGCCACCCAAGCUGAAAUACCACCGCCGCUCCAUUUCCUUCCACAUCACUGUCUGGCACGACUGCCACCGCCCCUACUAUACCCACCACCUCUCCUAUACCCAGGUGCCUGGGGCACUACCCCUUUCCUCCACUCCUUGGCGUGUCUACCUCCUGCGCUGCCCCCCGCGCCGCCACCGCCGCCUCCUUUAGUCCCGCGGCCGAUCAAACCCACACCGGUCUUGGCACGUCCACUACCAUUACCCAUGCCCGGGGGCAUUACGGGUGUCACAUAAGAGGGGGAGGGGGGUGUGAGGGGGCUCUCGGUCCACCUCAUGUCAUCCUUCUUCCAAGAUGACCUAAAAUCACGGAUCGUUUUUUGCGAGAGCUCUCACGUCAUGACCGCUUCCAGGUAUUCUAGGGAGAGCUGAGCACACCUGGAUGACGAGAGCUUGGCAAAGGAACGCACCCGUCACCUUUUCUUUUGAAGUGCCUCUAGGGUAUCCUAGCACCCAUCUAGGAUUCACACUGGAGUAGAACCCGAUGUUAGUCUCUUGAACGUGUACAUACGACUGCACAUAGUUGAUGUGAUUUUUUUGUCGAGUGCUUUAAGUGUUACCAAUAAGUUACGAGAAUGAUGUGGUCAUGAUAGAAGAAGAGGUUUCCUUCCUGUACUUAAGAUCAAACGAAAAUCUAGAUAAAAAAAAAAUACAUUCCACAAGACUUCCCUAAUGUUGUCGUUUGUGCUGUUCGUGUUUUUUUUAAUGUGCACUCCGUUUGGAAAAAGUUAUAUCAUCUCGCGAUGCAUCAUCACCUGAGGCUGAAACUGACAUUCACAUCACCUGUGUGCUAUAAAACGGAUUCAUUUUCACUCACUGUCAUCAAUCACGAAAAUCGUGUCUGACAUGAACGAUGCCAAAAGAAUAAUUUUGCCAUCAGUUACUACAAACUCAUUUACACUGGCCAUCAGCAAAGAUAAUUUACCUUGAUCUGUUCGUGAUACUCAUUUUGAAGAGGAAUGCUAAAAAAUAUAAGUAAAUAAGUAAAAUCAUACCGUUUUUAGACCAUUCAGGAAAAUGACCUUUCCCUGGUCCACCUGGUAGAGUCUUUAUACAUAAAACAUGACAGACAGAAAUUAUUUAUUAUACUUGUUGUCUUGUACAUAUGUUUUUUUUUUUACAUUCACGCUAUUUACAAAACCGUCCAGAUACUCCAUACCUUCUCUCACUGACAUUAAUAGCUCUUAAAUUGAUCAGUAUUUAACAAGCAAAAUCUUCUACAGAACUAGCUUUUAUUCCUCUUAUUUAAUCUUAAGUCACCUCCUUCGGAUGCUUUAAUUAUUCCGAAUGAUCGAUUGAGAGCGACGGCACGGUAAAGAAAGUCAUUAGGAUCAGUAAUUAGAAUCUGCUACGAUUUCAUUUGCAGUAGACCAGUCAGUUAUUCCAAGUUAUCAAUAUAUCUGUAGACUAAAAAUGUUCAGUUAAAAUUACGAAUAUAUAUAUGUAUAGUCACAACGCACAUUUAAACAAGGAUGAUUAUAUAUUUUACGGACAUACACACAUUCAUACAAACUUCACACAGAUAUCAACAAAGAAAUAAAUAGUUUGCAUUCCUUGAAAUAAAGCUUUCCUUAUUAAAAACAUUGAUAUGCAUACAUACAUACACUAGCACAUAUGUACAUAAACCAGCAGAC